ACGCUGCUAUUUUUUAGGGGCUUCGUGGUGAAUGAUUUUGCUGGUAGCAAUGUAAUUCACCACGGGGCCCCCAGAACCCUGGAAUGGUUUUCCUAAAUGUUGGGCUGGUGAGGGAGAUCCGUGAUCUCCCCAACCAGUCCUGGAGGCUGCUGCACCCUAGCUACGGCCCUGAUUCACAACCACAGCACCUGUGACAACUUUAUGCUGAUUAGAACCUGUCUCAUACUCCAGUAAAAUAAGGAUUCUGCCGCGAGCGCCGCUGUAAUCUUUACAAAUGUGUUGUGUUAGUAUUUUUGGUCUCUUUGCCAGGAAUUCUUUAAUCAGUAUAAGUGACGUGUGACAUUGCCACUUGCUCGUGAUAAGGUGGGGUCUGCUUUCACUGGGCAUAUGACCAGCGCCUUAGAAGCCGAUCCUUCUUUUGAUCUGAAUUUGUCCCAGCGGAGGAGUUUGCACGUCUGUCCGGAACAUGAAGCUUUCUCUCCUCUUAUUGUUCUUUGCCUUAUUGUUCUCUUUCUCUACAACGAAGGAAGAAAAAGCACAGAAAGGAUCCAAAGUGAAGAAACACAAACCCCCCAAAAUCAAAGAAGAAGACAACGUCCUUGUCCUAACAAGUUCCAACUUUGGACGGGCCCUGAAGGAGAAUAAAUAUCUAUUGGUCAAAUUCUAUGUUGCUUUAUCUGGGCCUUCACAAACAGUGAAAGAAGCAUUCUCUAUAGCUGCAGGUCAGCUCAUGAAAGAGUCAUCGGAUGUUAGGUUUGGUCAAGUUGACAUAACUCAAGAAAAAGAUCUUGGAAAAGAGUUCAAAAUAACGGAAUUUCCUACGAUGAAGCUGUUUGUUGGUGGCGACAGAAAAAAUCCUGUAGACUGUAAAGGUGUGAGAACUGCAUCUGCUUUUGUUACGUGGCUGAAAAGACGAAUGGGGGAGAGCUCCGUAUUCCUUAACACAACGGAUGAGUUUGAGUCUUUCAUCCGGUCCGAUAAAACUACUGUAGUUGGUUUCUUUAAGAACCUGGAAACUAAGAUGGUAGAGCAUUUUUCUGACGCUGCUAAAGAUGUCCCAGAAUUUCCCUUUGCCCGGGUCAGCAAGGAUGACAUAUUAUCGCACGUUGGGAUUACCACAAAUAUGGUUGCAGUUUACAAAAAGGAUAAGCCUGUUCAAUAUCUAAUAUCUGAGGAGGAGGUUAAGAGCAAAAUUGAUCUUGUUCGACUAAUACGAACCUAUGUCAUGGACCUGGUAACAGAAUACAAUUUGGAGACAUCCGUAACUAUUUUUGAUGUUCCCAUUGACAAUCACAUUUUACUUUUUGCCUCCAAAAAAUCUGAAGAUUUCAGAACAAUCUAUGAAAAUUAUGAGCAGGCAGCCCUGGAGUUUAGGGGAAAGUUGGUCUUUGUUUACGUUGAUACGGACGAAACUCGCAAUGGCCGCAUUUUUGAAUAUUUCCGCAUCACGGAAGUCGAUACUCCUGCCAUCCGCGUUUUGAACCUGACCAGCGAUGCGAAGUACAGAAUGCCAGCUGAUGAAGUCAAUUUUGCAAACUUGAAGAAUUUCUGUCAGAACUACUUGGAUGGAAAAGCAAAGCCCAUAACGGACAGUGAAGAAAUUCCUAAAGACUGGGAAAAACAUCCUGUAAAAGUACUUGUGGGGAAAAACUUUAAUCAAGUGGCUUUCAAUAAAACUACUAAUACCUUUGUUAUGUUUUAUGCACCAUGGUCUGAAAAGUGCAAAGAACUAUUUCCUGUAUGGGAGGAGUUAGGAAGGAGAUACCAAAACCAUAAGAAUGUGACAAUUGCCAAAAUUGACUGUACAGCCAAUGAUAUUAAGCUCAUAGUAUUGGAUCGCUAUCCCUUUUUCCGGUUCUUUCCUGCUGGGUCAGAUAUAACGACGACUAUUCAGUAUACAGGAGAAAAGACCAUUGAAGCUUUCACAGAAUAUGUAGAAAAACACAUUGAAUCGGCAAACAAGAACGAAGAUGACCAGACCUCUCGCGAGACGGCUGAAAAUGAUGGUGAGAGACAACAGAAAGAAGAACUUUAGCUACAUUACCUGUUUUCGUAUUACCAUCUUUCACAACUAAAUCUAAAAUAAAAAGAAAAAAUAAAUACA